AGACACGUGACCAUUGACAGCACUGCACUACUAAAUCGAUUAAUAACCAGUUCAAAACGACAAACGCGUGGGAAGUUAUCAUCAAGCGCGAGCAUGCGAUUUGGGAGGGGUACUCUGGGGAACGUAUUCCUUUUCCUGGCAUUUAUUGCGUGCUACUGGGUUUUCAACUUCUGCGAUGGUAUUGAGAGAAUGUACGUAUAUUAUCCAUUGAGUUGGACUGCAAGCCGACGUCUGUUUGGUUUCCCUCCUCAUUUCCGCUACUUUCACCUGCCCACAUUUGCUGACUGGUACGUCGAUGACCCCACGUGGUUGGCGUGGAAAAAAAUUAGCACUGCCAAUUAUGAAGUACCACUUUACGUGCAGGAAGGACGCUGGAUACCAAACGCGUUCAAAAUGCUAUGUGUGCCUGCAGCCGUUUCAAAGAAGUUUGAGGAUAUGGUAUACGCCUUCACGAUGGAAGACUUUGGCAAAGACCUGGGUGAUUCAGUACGGAAGGACUUUACUGUAUACGGGCAAUACAAUGAAUUGGGAUACUUUUAUAUACUCUCUCUUCUCCUAAACCUAUGUGCCUGUCUGCGUAACGAGCAACCGGAACGCUUCUGCCCCAACCCAUGCCGAGCACCAGAUCCUUGUGGCAAUGUUUCCCACACCACUGGAGUCUGUAUUCCCCAACGGGUUAAGCGAACACCCGAUUCCAUCCCACCAAAAUUACGGGGCAAAUUGCAUGAUGUGUAUAACCAAGACUUUGUCUGUGGUUGUUUGAAGGGUUACGAGUUCAACCGAACUGCGAAGCAAUGUGUUCCACUUAGACUCGGAUGCAGUAAAACAGACUGCUACAACGGUGGAGUCUGUGAAACACUAUCCUUCGGCGAUGACAGCCCCAGUGGUAUGUCCUACACUUGCCACUGUCCUCCCGCUUGGCAAGGAUACUUAUGUGAGGAACCGAGGAAUCCUUGCAAUUUGGACCAUGGCCUAUGCCAUCCGUACAGGUGUGUUCGGGACUCAAGAAACCUGGUCAACGGUUACGCGUGUGUUUGUCCAACAGGUACGCGCAGCGGCGGUCACAUGCAACCACAAUGUGUGAACAUAAAUGAAUGUAAUUUCGAGGCCAACCCCUGUCUUAACGGAGGACUCUGUGUUGACCUGGAUCCAAAUGACAUCCGCUCCAUAGCUCGUCCACAGGAUCAUCCGGUUGGAUAUGAGUGCUACUGCCGGAACGGAUACUCUGGUCCCCGUUGUGAACGCGCACCGCCCACCGUUCACUGGAAUAGUUGGAGUGCAUGGUCUAAUUGCUCGACUUCAUGUGGCACUGGCGCACGUACACGACACCGUUCUUGUUCCGUUCCUGGUCGAUGCGUUGGCAACACCGUUCAGAUCGGCCGGUGCGUUGGUCCGGUGUUUCACUGCACUGAUAUGAUGGAUGAAGAAGAGGUGAUCUACCAUGCAUCAGGGACGAAAAUAGUGCAGCGCUGGGGGAUCGGUUGGACCGCUGGAGACGAUCGUGAACUAUCUGACGCAUACUUCUGGUCUGAGACCGACGACGGCCCACCUGACUUAUAUUACAGGCCAGUGGCGCCAGCAUCCCUCGUCGACUAUUCAUGGAACAUGCUGCUGAGGAUAUCGCAGCAUUGGACUGUUCAUCAACUCAUGUUUUUAUAUGGGAUCACUUUGUGUUUCAUUGGCUUACCAAUAAUUUUUAUCAUUUAUUCUAUUGGCAAGCUUAUUCUGUCCUUUUCACAGAGAAACACAAUGAGAAGUUCAGUGGGAAGUUUUGUCUCAGAGUAAUAAGUAAGGAAUUCAAAACCACCCCUUCCUAUCGAUUUUUUUAGUGAUCGCAUUAACCGCUGUUGAUGCUCGGUAACAAUUUACUCGCUGUAUUCACUUUGUGUACUUAAUAUACUGGUUUCGAUAUUAUACCAAAUUUUGCAGGUAAUGUGGAACUUAG